GGAGUCUCUUCACUCGCCAGACAGAGACGGCCGCGUGCAAGAUGGAUCCCGGCGGGAGAGGCGGCAGGGCGGAGGCGGAGCGGUGGCUGGCGGUCGCAGAGAGGCUCCUCGGGGUGCGCGACCUCCUCGGGACCAAGCGGUUCGCGGAGCGGGCGAUGGAAGUGGAUCCCCUCCUGGACGGCGUCGACCAGAUCCUCGCCGUCGCCGACGUCCUACUUGCCUCCCAGCGCCGCGUCAACAACCACGUCGACUGGUAUGCCGUUCUCCAGCUUCCGCCCCCCUCCCCCUCCCCCUCCUCCUCCUCCUCCACCGACGCCGGUGAUGCUGCCGCCGUCAAGCGCCAGUACCGACGCCUGGCUCUCCUCCUCCACCCAGAUCGAAACAGGGCUCCCGGCGCCGAUGCGGCCUUCCGCCUCGUCGUCGAUGCCUUCGCCGUCCUCUCCGAUCCCACCAAAAAAUCACUUUUCGACGCGGAGCUCCACAUCGCCAACUCCGCAGCCGCAGCGGCGGCCGCUUCUUCCUCGAAGCCCUUCCCUAUUUCCUCCUCCUCCGCCGCCGCCGAUCCCUUCUGGACCGCCUGCCUCUCCUGCUGCCACGUGCACCAGUACGCCAGGGAGUAUCUAAACCUGACCCUUCGCUGCCCCAACUGCCGCCGGCCGUUCCAAGCCACCAAGCUCGCAGCUGCGCCACCUGUAGUCCCGGGCACCAAUAUGUACUACUGCUCUUGGGGCUUUUUCCCUCUCGGGUUUCCUGGUGGGCCGAGCUUCUAUGCCGGCAAUUGCAGCGCUCCCGAUCUCAAUAGCGAAUGGAAACCCUUCUUUCCCAUGUUUCCCAAUUCAGAGAAGAUCGACCCAUCUCAGAAUUCCAAACAUGGGCAGGAGGAUGUGACGCCACCACGCGAGCCGCAGAAUACUGUUAAUACAGGAAACGUUGUGGAACCGCAAUCGACAGGGCCGGUCACGAGGAGUAAGAAGAAGAUGGCAAUGAAAAAGGUCGUAGGAGGUCCAAAGAAGUCGCCUUUGGGUGGUGGGAACCGACGGAAACGUAAUGGUGAUCAAAACCCGCCGACGGUUGACCCUGAGCAGUGGGCCGGCAGUGAGGUAAUGCCUACAAAUACAGGGGGAGUGGAAGGUAGGGGUAUUAAUAUCAAUCAAGAGUUUAAGGGUGGUUCUGAGAGUGGAGUCCAAGGAAAUGAUGACUAUACCAUGAACUUUCAUAUAGAUGUCAAUGCUACCGAUGAGAUUCUGGACAACCUGCAGAAUCUUCCCUUUCUGAGGGAUGAAGAGAUACCUCUGCGGGUGCCCUAGUGUACUAGUAAUGAAUUCUAGGUGAUCAAGGAGUCUGAGGCAGUUGGCCAAAGAGAGUAUCACUUCUAGUGUGUUGUAUUUUAAUUGGGUCAUCAUUUGAUGUAUUGGAGACUGAUCCCUUUCUACAUCAGAAACUAAUUUAUGGUGACAGAAUAAUCUCUCUCCUAUUCUAAUUUGCUGGUUUAGGUUAUGUUAGUCAUCAGCCUUGCUUCCUGGUCCUUGACACUUUCAUAAGACUUUGAUAUCUGAGCUCACUAUUUGCCUA